CCGGCCCGGCCCCCCGGCCCGCCGCACUCCCCGGGGCCCAGCUCACCGCCCCCACACCCGCCGUGUGUCCUCUGCGGGUGCCCCCCGGGACACCGCCAUGGGUGACCAAAUGCAGUUCAUUGUCGAGAAGCUCAAUCAGGAGCCCUUCAGGAAGAACUACAACUUAAUCUCGUUUGACUCCCUGGAGUCGGUGCAGCUGCUGCAGCUGCUCAAUGAUGUUCUGGGCGAGAUUGACCCGAAGCAUGCUGUUGACAUUAGAGAGGAGCUGCCAGAACAAACAGCUAAAAGAAUGCUGAGCCUCCUUGGAAUUCUCAAAUACAAACCUCCGGGGAAUGUGUCAGACCUAAGUGCUUUUCGCCAGGGGUUGGUUACUGGGAGCAAACCUGUCAUUCAUCCUCUCUUACACUGGCUUCUGCAGAGGACCAAUGAACUCAAGAAAAGAGCUUACCUGGCACGUUUCUUAGUGAAACUGGAAGUGCCAGCAGAGUUUCUCCAGGAUGAUACUGUGGCUGACAUCAACAAACAGUAUGAAGAACUCAUGGAAGCAUUUAAAAACCUGCAUAAGGAGUACGAGCAGCUCAAAAUAUCUGGUUUAUCCACUGCAGAGAUAAGAAGGGACAUCAGUGCAAUGGAAGAGGAGAAAGAUCAACUGGUCAAAAGAGUAGAGCGUCUCAAGAAGAGGGUGGAGACAGUACAAAAUCAUCAACGGAUGCUUGAAAUAGCAAGACAGCUCCGCUUGGAAAAAGAGAGAGAAGAAUCUCUGGCUCAACAGAAACAAGAACAAAAAAGUCAGUUGUUCCAUGCAGAGCAGAGGCUGCAGAGAGCCCAGCUCCAGCUGAAGGAGAUGCAGGAUGCAGUAGCUGAUUCAAAACCUGAAAGUUUAAUGAAGAAACUGGAAGAGGAGAUAAAUUUCAAUUCCUACCUGGUUACUGAAAAAAUGCCCAGAGAGCUUGAGAGUAAGAAGGCCUCAGUGUAUCUCCUGCAGAAGGUGGUUGCAGAGCCAGCCAUGACUCAGUCUGAUCUCACUGCCCUGCAAAGUGAGAUAAAUGAAGUCAAUGCACAAAUGAAUCAGCUUACUGAGAAAAGAAUGAUGAAGUAUGAGCCAACAGAUAGUAAAUUUUCCAUGUAUCGCCAGCAGGCAUCCAUAAUUUCCCGGAAAAAGGAAGCCAAGGCAGAAGAACUCCAGGCUGCCAAGGAGGAGAUGUCCAGGCUGGAGAGGCAGGUGCAGCAGAGGAGCAGUCAGGCCCACGAGCUGGAAGGCUCUGAAAUCCUGACAGAGGAUGAGCUCAAGCAGUACGUUAAUAAGCUCCGCAGCAAGAACACACUUUAUAAAAAGAAGCGCCUGGAAAUAGCAGAAAUUACAGCUGAGUAUGGAAUCCUCCAGAGGACAGAGGAGCUUCUGAAGCAGCGCCACGAGGCCAUUCAGCAGCAGUUGCAAGCGAUUGAAGAGAAAAAAGGCAUUUCUGGAUACAGUUACACCCAGGAGGAGCUGGAAAGAGUCUCUGCAGUGAAGAGUGAAAUGGAUGAAAUGAAAGGCCAGACAUUAGAUAAUAUGUCUGAAAUGGUAAAGAAGCUGAAUGCAGUGGUGGCAGAGAAGAAGGCAAGCCUUGCUCCUGUCAUCAAAGAGCUCAGGCAGCUGCGGCAGAAGUGCCAGGAAUUAACUCAAGAAUGUGAUGAAAAGAAAAUCCAGUACGACAGUUGUGCGGCCGGGCUGGAGAGCAAUCGCUCGGCCCUGGAGCAGGAAGUGAAAGGGCUCCUGGAGGCGUGUGCCCAGGAAGAGAGCAACUACCGUUACAUCCACUGCAUGAAAAGGACCCUGGAGGUCCAACUGCAGCGGGCUAAGGAAGAAAUGAAGGCCUAUGUGUCCCCAGACCCACAGGAGCGACGGAAGGCGAUCCGAGAACAGUAUACACGGAUGAUCCUUGAACAAGAAAACCUUGGGAAGAAAUUACGAGAGAAGCAGAAGGUUGUACGGGAAAGUCACGGGCCAAAUAUGAAGCAAAGGAAAAUGUGGCAGGACUUUGAGCAGUUAAUGGAAUGUAAAAGAGAAUGUUUUCAGAAACAACAAAAUCAAGCAGCCAUUGGUCAGGUCAUUCAGGAAGGAGUUCUACAAUUUUUGUACAGUAUUUGGUUUUGGUGGAUAAACAAAGAGAGCAACAGACCCGUCUGUGAAGCUUCUCCUCCACUGUUUCAGUGACCACGUGCUGUGGUUGGAAGGUCUGUUGGAAGAGCUGCACUGGGGUGAAGCUCCUCCUAAAUCCAUGGUUUAUGAGGCUGGGAAGGGCAUCUGCAGAGAGAUCAAAGAGAAACAAAUCCUUCUCUGGGGUCAGAGAAAACUUACAUAAUUGCUCUGCCUCUCAUUCUCUAUCGCUAAGGUUACAUUUUUGCAAGGCCUGGGGCUUGAUAUUGUAUAAUUGUGGCCCUCCUGGCUUGGCCCUCUCCUUCCCUAUUGUCCUUAUCCAUGCAGUGUGACUGCAGGAGCUGCACAGCCCUGGCCUCAGAGCCCUGCUCAGACUUUCCUGGUCAUACUUUCCCUGCACGGUUCAGUUCAGCUGAUUGUGCUUCCAGGAGACACUUCAUUGCUGCAGCGUCAGGAGUCGCUUUGGAGAACAAUCACUUGGGUUCUGAGCUUUUUCCAUUAUCUUUUGUUGUUGUUUUUAACAGAAGUAUUUUUCUUGCACAUUUACCUCCUUUAUUUUAUUUUUUCUGA